CUGCACUGACUGCAGUAGGAGCAGCAGAUCAGUGUUUGAAGACUGAUCAAGCUGACUGUGGUUCCGAGGCAAAGAGCAGCUUGUCCUUGGAGCCAUGAGUGCCGUCGGGUUUGACCCCUACUUCUCGUCCUCUUACAAGCGCUGGUAUGUGGAGAGCAGCCCCCGGGUCUCUCAGCGUGGUCGCUCUCGCACCACGUUCUCUGCCCAUCCCCCUUCUCUCUCCUCUCGCCUUCACUAUGCCUCCCCCGGCCGGAGCUCCGCCGGUCUCCUGCUGAGCAGCCAUGCUCGCUCCGUGGAUAUGGACAUCAGCCACGCCGCCCAGGUAAGCUCCGAAUUCCGGGCAGUGCGAACUCAGGAGAAGGCCCAGAUGCAAGAGCUCAAUGACCGCUUCGCCGGUUACAUUGAACGCGUCCAUGAACUAGAGCAGCAGAACCGUGCCCUGGAAGCUGAGCUGCUAAUGCUGAGGCAGAGGCAUGUGGAGCCUUCCCGCCUGAGGGGCCUGUACGAGCAGGAGGUCCGCACUCUGAGAGCCGCCGUCGAGGAGGCCCGUAUGGAGAGGCAGGCCGCACUGAGCCACCGGGAGAGCAUGGAAGAUGCCUUGCGGAGCCUGCAGGCCAGCUACGAGGAAGAGGUAGUUGCCCGUGAGGACAGCGAAGGCAGGCUUCUGGAUGCCCGCAAGGAGGCCGACGACAGCACUCUGGCCCAGGUAGAGCUGGAGAAAAAGGUUGAUACAUUGCUAAAUGAGCUGGCGUUCCUGAAGAAGAUCCACGAGGGUGAGAUCUCAGAGCUGCAGGCCCAGAUUCAGUACGGAGCUCAGAUUGCGGUUGAGGCGGAAACCGCCAAGCCCGAUUUGUCCAGCGCCCUACGUGACAUCAGAGCCCAGUACGAGAAGCUGGCAGCCAAGAACAUCCAUUCAGCUGAAGAAUGGUUCCGCGGGAAGAUGGGCCACCUGACGGAGAGCGUGGCGCACCACAGUGACGCAAUAAGGAACUCCAAGGAUGAAGCAGGAGAGUACCGCCGUCAGCUUCAGGCAUGUAUCCUUGAGAUCGAUGCCUGCAAGGGCCUGAAUGAGUCUAUGGAGAGGCAGCUCAGGGAGGUGGAGGACAAGCAGAGUGCAGAGGUUGCUGCCAUGCAGGAUACAAUCAGCGAGCUUGAGGAUGAACUUCGAGCCACUAAGGGCGAAAUGGCGAGAUACCUUAAAGAGUACCAGGAUCUUCUCAAUGUCAAGAUGGCCCUUGAUAUUGAGAUAGCUGCUUACAGGAAGCUGCUUGAGGGGGAGGAGUCUCGCUUUAAUGUGGGUAUGGGAGGUUUGGUCGGUGCUUACUCUGUUGGUCCCGUCUACUCCCGGCCCAUGUACUCACUGUCCAGCCUGAGCUCUGGCGCCCCCUACCUGCUUAGUUCUCGCCUGGUCAGUGCAUCCCUCUCAGCUGAUGAGGCCAUCACAUCCAGUCAAGCUCAAGAAGCUGCAGCCAGUCCAACCCAGGAAGAAGAAGAAGAGGAGAAAGAGGAAGAAGAACAGGAGGAAGUAAAGGAAGAGGAAGCGGAAGAGAAGGCGGAAGAGAAGGAGGAAGAGGAAGAAGAAACAAAGGAGGAAGCGGAGGAAGUAAAGGAAGAGGAAGCGGAAGAGAAGGAGGAAGAGGAAGAAGAAACAAAGGAGGAAGCGGAAGGUGUUGAACAGGAAGAGAAAGCUGGAGCAGAAGAAAAAGAAGAAGAAGAAGAAAAAGGAGACGAGGAGGAGACUAAAGAAGAGGAAGAUGUUAAAGGGGAAGAUGAGGAAGGAGAUGAAAAAGAGGGAGACGGGGAAGAGGGUGAGCAGAAAGAGGAAGAGAAAGCUGAGGAGGAGGAAGUGGCUGCAGAGGAGGAUACUGAGACAGAGAAAAGCGAGGAAAAAGCUGACACAAGUGCUGAUAAGGCCACAGAGGACACUGAGACAGAUAAGGAAGACACUAAGACAGAAAAAGACAAGGUAGAGAAGGAAACCGAGAAGGAAAAAGUUGAGCCUAAGGCUGAAAAAGCCAAAGAGGAAGUAGAACCUGAACCAGCCAAAGAGAAACCCAAAGAGAAAACUGAACCUGCACCUGAACCUGAGUCAAAGGAUAAAGGCAAGGAAGAGCCAGAGAAACCAAAAGGAAAGGAAAAAGUAGAGUCAGAAAAGCCUACGGUAAAAGAUGAAGGUGAGAAAGGCAAGAGUGAGAAAAAGGAAAGUGUGAAGCAAGAAAAGGGAAAAGAGGAGACUGAGAAACCCAAGGGGAAGAAGUAAUAAGUCGUAUCUAUAACAGCACAAAUACUAGUAGCCUGAUCUGCUUCUCUAGUCUCCCUUCAAUCUGUUACUAUCAAUAUGCCUUGAUCAGUGGUGCUCAGAGCAAAUUGCAAUACAGUGUUUGAAACUACAGUCAACUUUAUCAGCUUUUAAAACAGACGAUGAUUGUCUGAUGUUACUGAGAUGAUCUACAUACCUGAGUGAAUGUAUGCUUGUGAAGUAAAUUAUAUUUUUGAAUGAAGUCUUGCAAUAGACUGUAAUAAGUGAAUCUUUGCUGCCAGCUCAAUAAAAACUUGCUUCUUGAUGAUCAAAA